AUGGCCUCCGCAUCGCAGCACCCCUCACGGCGCUUCGUGAUCCCGCCCACACACGAGCUCCGCUUCGAACUCGAGUCGCCCACCGACGCCCUCUCCAUCACGCUCAUGUCCGGCUUUGCAGAGCUCUUCGGCUUCGAGCUGGUGCAGGGCGCGAGCUAUGGGUUCAGUCAUGAGCAACGAGGGGCUGUCUGGGCACCUGGCGUGAACGGCGAGGGCGCCGAAGUCGAGAUGAUCUACGUCGCCUCCGAAUCCGCCUUCUCGACCUACUUCAACCUUCACCUCUCCCUCUCGCGCCUGCGCCUCCUCGCCCGCCCUUCCUCCUUCGCCAUGACCCGCGACCUCUCUCAGCCGGACGACGAAGUCGCACCUCCACGAGUCCUCGUCGUAGGCGAACGAGGAGCAGGCAAGUCGACGCUCGUCAAAAUGUUGGCGAAUUGGCGUAACCGGGCUGAGCGCGCGACGUGCGGGACUGCGAAGCCCGCGAGCGGGAUCACGCUCGUCAAUCUCGAUCCGAGCGACGGGUUGUGGACUGUUCCCGGCACGAUUGGGAUCGUCAACACCAGCUCGAUCAUCCCUACCUCGACUCCCGCCGCGCCAUUCGGGACGUCGUUCUCCUCCGGUCCGCCCGUACCCUUCCCUCCUCCUGCCUCGACAUCCGCCUCUUCAGACGCUUCACCGCCCUACAACCCCCCAAUCAACCCCGACUCCUACGCCCCCUUGCUCGACCCGCUCGUCUUCUUCGCCGGCCACCUCUCACCAACCGUCAACGAGCCCCACUACGACCUCUUGAUGCAGAGUGUGGCGGACGCGGCGAAGAGGAAGGUUGAUGAGGCGGGCAUGGGGAGCUGGAAGGCUGGGUGGAUGGUGGACACGCCGGGGGAAUGGGCGGAGAAGAAGGGAGGUGGGUGGGAGAGGGUCAAGGCGGCUGUCAGGGCGUUCGAGAUCAACGUCCUCCUCGUCGUCGGGACGGAGCGGUCGUACGUCGAGAUGUCGAAGCUGAUGAGCACGAACAAGACGGUGACUGUCGUGCGAGUACCCAAGUCGGACGGCGCCUCUGACCUCGACCUCCCCACGCUCUCGCGCCUGCAAUCGCUCCAAACCCGUUCCUACUUCUACGGCGGCCCUCCUCUCACGCAAGGCCUCCUCUCCCCCUUCUCCAUCAUCGUCCGCCUCUCCGACAUCCGCAUCGUCCGCGUCGGCGAAGUAGCAGGCACACACGCGCCCGACUCGGCGCUCCCGCUCGGUGCGACUCGGCUCACGAGGGAUACCGAGUUGGUUGAGGUUGACUUGGAGGGCCCGAGGGCGGCGAGCGAGGUCGUGAAUCGGAUACUGGCGGUGCCGAUGGCGGAGGAGGAGCGAGAUGGACAGGAGAAGGUGGUCAAGGGACCGGUGAUGGGCUUCGUGUGGGUCUCGGCUCUCGACAAGGAGAAGAAGAAGAUUACGCUGCUGUCGCCGCUGCCAGGUCGCCUGCCACGGAAGACGCUCAUCGUUGGCGGGAUCGACUGGAUCGACAAUGCAUAA